GGAAGCGGAAGUGCGGCCUGAGCUUGCGCUAGGCGGGUUUUUCCUCGGCGACUCUAGCCGCCAGCUGUACUAGACAUGGACUGUUACACUGCGAACUGGAAUCCACUCGGGGACUCUGCCUUUUACCGGAAGUAUGAGCUGUACAGCAUGGACUGGGACCUGAAGGAGGAGCUCAAGGAUUGCCUGGUGGCUGCUGCACCCUAUGGGGGUCCCAUUGCUCUACUGAGGAACUGUUGGAGAAAAGAGAAAGCUGCCAGCGUGCGGCCAGUACUGGAGAUCUACUCUGCAUCUGGCUUGCCACUGGCUAGCCUGCUGUGGAAGAGUGGGCCUGUGGUGGCCCUCGGCUGGUCAGCUGAGGAGGAGCUGCUCUGUGUGCAAGAAGAUGGCGCAGUGCUAGUGUAUGGCCUUCAUGGAGACUUCCGGAGGCACUUCAGCAUGGGCAAUGAAGUGCUUCAGAACCGUGUCCUGGAUGCCCGGAUUUUUCACACUGAGUUUGGUUCGGGGGUGGCCAUCCUUACAGGAGCCUAUCGCUUUACUCUGAGUGCCAAUGUAGGUGACCUCAAACUCCGUCGGAUGCCAGAGGUGCCAGGUCUGCAGAGUGCACCCUCAUGUUGGACCACACUGUGCCACGACCGAGUUCCACACAUUCUUCUGGCUGUAGGACCCGAUCUUUACCUUCUGGAUCAUGCUACCUGCUCUGCAGUGACACCUGCUGGCCUAGCCCCAGGAGUGAGCAGCUUCCUACAGAUGGCUGUAUCCUUCACGUAUCGUUACCUGGCACUCUUCACAGACACAGGCUACAUCUGGAUGGGGACAGCAUCACUCAAGGAGAAGCUGUGUGAGUUCAACUGCAACAUCCGGGCUCCCCCGAAGCAGAUGGUCUGGUGUAGCCGACCUCGGAGCAAGGAAAGGGCUGUUGUUGUGGCCUGGGAGAGGCGGCUGAUGGUGGUGGGCAAUGCGCCUGAAAGCAUCCAGUUUGUGCUCGAUGAGGACUCCUACUUAGUGCCUGAGCUUGAUGGGGUCCGCAUCUUCUCCCGAAGCACCCAUGAGUUCCUGCAUGAAGUCCCAGUGGCCAGUGAAGAGAUCUUCAAAAUUGCCUCAAUGGCCCCUGGAGCACUGCUGUUGGAGGCCCAGAAGGAAUAUGAGAAAGAGAGCCAGAAAGCAGAUGAGUACCUGCGGGAGAUCCAGGAACUGGGCCAGCUGAUCCAGGCUGUGCAGCAGUGCAUUGAGGCUGCAGGACAUGAGCACCAGCCAGACAUGCAAAAGAGUCUGCUCAGGGCGGCUUCAUUUGGAAAGUGUUUCCUUGACAGAUUUCCACCUGACAGCUUCGUGCACAUGUGUCAGGACCUUCGAGUGCUCAAUGCUAUUAGAGACUACCACAUUGGGAUCCCUCUCACCUACACCCAAUACAAGCAGCUCACCAUCCAGGUGCUGCUAGACAGGCUUGUGUUGCGGAGGCUUUAUCCCUUGGCUAUCCAGAUAUGCGAGUACCUGCGCCUUCCUGAAGUCCAGGGUGUCAGCAGGAUCCUAGCCCACUGGGCCUGCUACAAGGUGCAGCAGAAAGAUGUCUCAGAUGAAGAUGUAGCACGGGCUAUUAAUCAGAAGCUGGGUGACACGCCUGGUGUUUCAUACUCUGACAUUGCUGCGCGGGCCUAUGGCUGUGGCCGCACUGAACUGGCCAUUAAGCUGCUGGAAUAUGAGCCACGCUCAGGGGAGCAGGUACCUCUUCUCCUAAAGAUGAAGAGGAGCAAACUCGCACUGAGCAAGGCCAUUGAGAGUGGAGACACUGACCUGGUGUUUACAGUGUUGCUGCACCUAAAGAAUGAACUCAAUCGAGGAGACUUUUUCAUGACUCUCCGGAACCAACCCAUGGCCCUGAGUUUGUAUCGACAGUUCUGUAAGCAUCAGGAGCUAGACACUCUGAAGGACCUUUACAAUCAGGACGACAAUCACCAGGAAUUGGGCAGCUUCCACAUCAGAGCCAGCUAUGCUGCUGAAGAGCGUAUUGAAGGGCGAGUGGCAGCUCUGCAGACAGCAGCUGAUGCCUUCUACAAAGCCAAGAAUGAAUUUGCAGCCAAGGCCACAGAGGAUCAAAUGAGGCUCCUGCGGCUACAGCGACGCCUAGAGGAUGAGCUAGGGGGCAGGUUCCUAGAUCUAUCUCUACACAACACUGUCACCACUCUUAUCCUUGGAGGCCACAACAAGCGGGCAGAGCAGCUGGCACGUGACUUUCGCAUCCCUGAUAAGAGGCUAUGGUGGUUAAAGCUGGCUGCCCUGGCAGAUUUGGAAGAUUGGGAGGAGCUGGAGAAGUUUUCCAAAAGCAAGAAAUCACCGAUUGGCUACCUGCCCUUUGUAGAGAUCUGCAUGAAACAGCAUAACAAACAUGAGGCCAAGAAGUAUGCUUCCCGUGUGGGCCCUGAACAAAAGGUCAAGGCUUUGCUUCUUGUUGGGGAUGUGGCUCAGGCUGCAGAGGUGGCUAUUGAGCACCGGAAUGAAACCGAGCUGAGCCUCGUUUUGUCCCACUGCACUGGAGCCACAGAUGGGGCCAUAGCUGACAAGAUUCAGCGGGCCAGGGCACAAGCCCAGAAGAAGUGAAGAGCCUGUCCUUAAGGGGGCUAGUUAAAUCCAGGGAUGUCCAGAUGUAAAUAAAUUUGGAAUACUAAUUCAGAA